AUGUGGUCUUGGUUCGGCGGAUCCGCCGCUCAGAAGCGGAAAGAUGCCCCCAAGAAUGCGAUUCUCAUGCUUCGCGAGCAGCUGGACAUGCUCCAGAAGCGCGAGAAGCACUUGGAGAAUCUGAUGGAGGAGCAGGAUGCAAUUGCUCGGAAGAACGUAACGUCAAACAAGGCCGCGGCUAAGAAUGCCCUUCGACGGAAGAAGGUUCAUGAGAAGAAUCUCGAACAGACGACGGCGCAGAUCGUUCAGCUAGAACAGCAGAUUUACUCGAUCGAGGCGGCGAAUAUCAACCAGGAGACUUUGAAGGCUAUGGAGGCGGCUGGUGCGGCGAUGGCGAAGAUCCAUGGCUCCAUGACGAUCGAUAAGGUGGAUGAGACGAUGGAUACACUUCGCGAACAGCACCAACUCAGCACAGAAAUCGCAACAGCCAUUACAAGCACCUCUCUGGUCGAUCAACCAGACGAGGCCGAUUUGGAGGAGGAACUCGAGGGUUUGGAGCAGGAGGCCAUGGACGAGCGGAUGCUCAACACAGGUACUGUGCCGGUUGCAGACCAGCUCAACCGUUUACCUCCUGCGGCAAAUGGAGAAAUCAAAUCCAAACCCCAGACCGAAGAAGAAGACGAGGAAGCAGAACUGGAGAAGCUACGUGCGGAAAUGGCCAUGGGAUAA